UGUGUCCCUACUAGGUUCCGGUAUCCGGGCGCUCUUGGACCAACGUGCGGGACGGUUUGGAGUUGCUUCUCCAGUUGCUCUUUGUUCCCAAAUAAAACCCAACUGAACCCGAUUCGGGUCCCCGCCGAUCAGCAGGAAUGCCGGAAAAGGAUUCGUUCGACGGUGCCGAGCCGAGUUAUGGUGCGAUCGUGUCGGCGUACAAGUCGGCAGUUGUUGUGUCACCGCAAACCAGUGCACAACAUCAGCUCAGCCAGCAGCAACAACAGCGUCACGAUAACGGCCACCACUCUUCGCAACCGAUCGACGGCCAGCAGCAGCAGCAGCAGCACCCGGACACGUUCGGAACCGUGGACCAGGAACGCGAUCGGCGUUUAUCGGUGGCCGAGCCGACCGAGCACGAUAUCGGCGAGCCGAGCCUGAUAAGGGCGGCGACGCACACAGGUGAACAGGCCACGAGUACCGGUGCCCUCACCAACACCCCCUCGGUGAUAACGUCCUGCGCGAAGGUGUUAUCGGGAGCCGGCGCCGUGAAGUUGUCACCGUACGGCGGCAGCGAUCAGCUGGCCAGCGAUAGCGGCUCACCUCCACGCUUCUCCACGCUACACACCGUCAUUAGCAGCAGCAACAGUAGCACCAGCUACGGUCAUUCACCCGUCACCCCGUACCACCAUCACCCGCAGCAGCAUCAUCCGCCGCAGCAUCACUCGGUGUGGCCUUGCGACCUGAGCUACAAGCCGGUGGUGGACAAGGCCCUGAACCCGUCACCCGGACCGGGCGACCUGUCACCGCCACCGCAGCCGCCUCAGCCGCAACCACCACCGCACGCAUCGCACCCUCGCUACCUCGGCGAACCGGACGGUGGGCCCGAUCCGGCGCUCCUGGCCGGAAUGCGCGGCAGUCUGCUCGCGAUGUAUCCUUCGUACGCGUCGCCGAACGGUGCCGGCGGCGGCGGCGGGUGCCUUCAGCUGGGCGAUACGACCGUACUCCAGCAUCAGCGGGAAGAGGAGAUGGCCUCCCUGCACCACCAUUUGCACCAUCAUCAGCAUCACCAAGAGGCGAUGGCCCAGCAGCACAGCAUCGACGAGAUGAUUGCCGACACGCUCAAGGACGAGCAGUGCUCGAUCGUGGACAGCUACCUCACCCCGCACGGGACGCUGGUGGUCGGUGGUGGAUCGGUGGCGGAACACCACCUCAACCAACAGCAUCAACAGCCGCCAGGGGAACACGCCAGCCAUUUCGAGUACGCCAGCAUUUAUCACAACAACAAUGACAAGAGCGUCAUCAACUACAACCACGCGGCCCAGCAUCAGCAGCAUCAGCAGCAUCAGCAACACCACCACCACAACCAUCACGCCGGGGCCCACACGCACACCACCAGCAGUGAGUCGCGCAGUCCGGACUACUCGCAUGAGGAGUACGAUGGUGGGCUGCAGAGCUUCACCCAGUUGAUCAACGUGCCUCGGGCGAGCGAUACCGCUUCGUCCUCGUCGUCGGCGGCCGCCAUGUACCAUCAUCAGCAUCCCCAUCAUUCGCAGCAUCAUCAGCAGCAGCAUCAUCAACAUCAGGUGGCCGCAACGACCGCCGCCGCUGCCGCCGCCGCCGCAUCGGCUGCGCUGGCCGGCCAUACCACCCCAACACCCUCGAUGACGUCGUCGCCCACGUCGUCCGGCGAUCACCUGGCGCACCCGGGCGCGAUGGUCGGUAGCACCUCGAUCCUGCACUCGGCCGCCGCCGCCGCCGCGAGCAACGGAUCCGGCAGUGGUGAUCCGGCCGGGAUGUCGGCGCUCUACGAUACGCUCCAGGCCGGUGUCCUUCCUGGCGGCCCAUCGUACGGUCGUUGCUCGUUCUCGACGAUGCAGUACUUCAACGGCAGCCCAUCGCAGGAGGCGGCCCACCUGUGGACGAGCGGCGUCGGUGGGCUCGACGCCGACUACAUGAAGGGCACCCUGCCAGGGUUCCAGCGAAUCGCUUCCGGGGCCGGCACGGCCCGGGGCAACCCGUACAGCUCGAUCUCGGCGGCACCGUACGCCCAACAGAAUGAACCAUGGUCGCAGGUGUACGACACCAACAGCAUCGCGUACAGCGUGGCCACCUCCAGCACCACCACCCCGGCCACGGUCAAUCGGGGUCGAACGAGCGUCCCUACGACCGCCUCGUCCCACUUCCCGGCCGCGGCUUCGCUCACAGCCAUGGGCCUCGACGCGGACCUGUACACGGAGGGACGAGAGUGCGUCAAUUGUGGGGCCAUCCACACGCCCCUCUGGCGUCGCGACGGAACGGGCCACUACUUGUGUAACGCGUGCGGACUCUAUCACAAGAUGAACGGCAUGAAUCGUCCCCUGGUCAAACAGCCAAGACGUUUGAGCUCGGCACGGCGAACGGGACUGCAGUGUUCGAACUGCAACACUACGAACACCUCGCUGUGGCGGCGCAACCAGGUCGGUGAACCGGUAUGCAACGCCUGUGGCCUCUACUACAAGCUACACAACGUCAACCGUCCGCUGGCCAUGAAGAAAGAUAACAUUCAGUCACGCAAGCGGAAACCGAAGGGAAGUAAGAACAGCGACGGAAGCACCACCAAAAGCAAACUGAAAUCAGAAGAGCUGAAAAUUGUGCACAUUGGCGAGGCGUCCAGCUACGACAAGAGCGUCCGAUCGUCCCCAUCGAGCGAGGGAAGCAACCAGUCGCCGUCACACCAUGGCCACCUGUCGCCAAUAUGCUACACACAGCAGGUUCCGUCGCCGAUCACGAGCACGCCGUCGAACGCGGCCACCGGCGGCAAGUACGGUGCAGCGGUGCAGCCGAAGAACAACAGUAGCGGCGGCGUGUACAUGAUGUCGUCACCGUCGCCGAUGAACUCACUGUUCGGUGGUAGCCCAUCGAACGCGGUGUCUUCCCACCACCACCAUCAGUCGCCGCUGAGUCCGGACGGUGGCAGCUACUCGCUAUCGGGGGGCGUCGGAGGUACGGGCCACGCCGGAAGCAACGGGUCGACAAUGGUGAGCCCCAAGUACCACCAGAGCCCUCCACAGUCACCGGUCACCGACCAGAUGUACUACGAGAUGCCAGGGAGUGAGAUGCUGCCGGCGGACGUGCCGGGGAUCAAGAUGGAGCCGAUGGGCGGGAACCACUACGGCGGCGGGGCAUACCAGCAGCAGCACGACCACAUCCUCGGCGGGCUCGGUGGCGGGCACAGUCAGAGCCGCAGCCCCUCGUCGGUGGCGGAGGACGACGGCGAGCAGGCGCACUCGGCGCAGGAUUUGGUCGAGAGCAAGCACAACAUCAAUCGUCCCACCGUCGUGUCGAUGUCCAGAUAGGGCGCCCCUCGGGCCGCGCUACGCCACGAAUCUCGCUUCGUCUCACUCAGAAUCGAACCGCUUACCAAAUGCCAAAUGAACUGAAUGACGCAAAAGACUCUACAAUCGUUGCUGACAUAGAUCUAAAGAGUAGCUGAGCAACGAGAUACCUUUAUUUUUUUUAAAGCACAAUUUUUUUAAGCGUCUCGAAUGUGCGGGCCAGCCACACUUCGGAGCUAGCGAUACUACGCUCUCUAAGGGUGCUUGCUUGGCGUUCGAGAGACUCGAGAUGUUUUAAGUAGCAAACUGCACCGUGUCACGUAAGACGGCGGCACUUGAUCACGGGAUGUGCUAAAUAUUUCACCGAUAGGACACUAGGUAGGAGAUCAGACCGGAUCUCCUGUCCGGUAGGAGGCACUAGCUCUUAAGGUAGCAAUAAGGGGCUACAUCGCUUUUUAGCAGGCGCGCGCUUAUAAGUAGCUGUAAAUAUAGUACGCCGAUUAAGGUGAUCGAAUCUCGAGCCCUGGUGCAGGAGGCUGGUGCCUGGAGGCUUUACUUGUACAGCAGACUAGAGCCCUCGGAUAGAUACUUCGCAAUCGUUCCAAAUUUUAAGUUAGAUCGAAAAACAAUGCUCCCAUGACUCCCGUCACAUGAAACUCGGCGAUAGCUGAUGUGUCGGGUUUUGCUAGAAAUUGAAUUACUUUGAAACUUGUUCACCGACUUUGAUAGAUUUUAAAUUUUGUACCAUAAAUAAAUGUCUGUUAACAGU